UUUCAGGGAGCACAUUUUAAGUGCAAUUUGAAGUGAUUCAAAUGUCGGGUCGAGGCAAAGGAGGUAAAGCUAAAUCAUCAGCCAAAGCCAAGACACGCUCCAGCAGGGCUGGCCUACAAUUUCCCGUCGGUCGAAUACAUCGGCUGCUUCGCAAGGGAAACUAUGCCGAACGUGUUGGCGCAGGUGCACCAGUGUAUCUAGCAGCUGUACUGGAGUACCUAGCCGCAGAAGUGCUUGAGUUAGCCGGUAAUGCUGCACGUGAUAAUAAGAAGAGUCGUAUUAAUCCACGUCAUCUACAGUUAGCCGUUCGUAAUGACGAAGAACUGAACAAACUUCUUUCUGGAGUCACCAUUGCCCAAGGAGGUGUGCUACCGAAUAUUCACGCUGUCCUACUGCCGAAGAAGAUUGCGGGUGAUAAAGAGUGAAAUAUGAGUUCGGUGGGAAAAUGAUGAGUUUAUUGAUUUCCUUUUUUCUAACAAUGUUUUAUGAAGAAGUUUUCUUAAUUACCCUGUGCGAUCUGUGUUACAAAAGUUGCCAAGUCAAUAACUCCAUAACAUUUGUUGAUUUCUCCUAUUCAGCUAACAUUAAAUUACGAAAUUCAUGUCUGUUCAGAAUAUAUGUACAUUAAUCAGUGGUUCUUCUG